AUGAAAUGGCAUCUCACUAGAACCCAAGUUUUGGUGAACGGGACCUCGAACUGCUGCAUGGCAAUCAACACAACGGAUAUUCAAUGCAUUUUCCCAUCACCGCCUAUUGAUUCUGGACAAUACCCGACGUUAGCACCAGAGCCUGUUCCAGCCCCAACAACACCGCCUUUAAGACCAAUUCACCCAUCACCAAAAGAAAACCUCUUCAACGUUACUUACCUAGCAACGGCUAACCAUUAUUGGACAUUCUCCAGUGGCACCAAGUGGAUUUUAGAUCAGGCGCCAGAGGAGAAUUUCCUCUCCAAAGCACUUUUUGAUCGCUAUAAAUUGAAGGAUUUUGAUGGUGUGGAUUUGGAGAUCAAAGAUGAUUUUGAGAAGACACCGAACAGUCUCUUUGCACCGAUGGAUACAAUGGAUGGAUUUAUUGGUGUGAGGCAAUUGGGAAAAGGCCUUUUUCCAGAAGAUACCAAAAGCGUAUGGCUUAGUCGUCAGUCAAGUACAAAGUGCUUUAAAUUAGUUCCGAAAUUGGAGGUGGAAAGACCCUAUUUUAAGACUUGCAUUACCGAUCCCGAGAAUUGCGAAUACGGGCUUUCCGUCAGCAUUUGGGUUUAUUUUCAAAACGUGAUGGUGGCCAGCCGGCAAACGCUCAUCAGCACAUCACCUGCUAAUGAGUGUGGUUUUCUGAUGUCAAUCGAGUACGGAAUGUUCAUUGCGCGAAUUUAUGGAUCACUACAUACGUGGACUUGUUCGGCAUCAAUAGUUAUCGAGAAGGGAACAUGGAACAAUUUCGCCUUUUUGUGGAAAUCCACAAACGGCGACACUUCGAUAUACGUCAAUAAGCGGUUGCUUGCUAGCUGUGCAGGAAUAGAAAUUGCGACCUUGAAUGGGAUAGCAAGGGCCAAAGCAGAGUCACUCUGGCUUGGUUGCUCAUCUGACGGCGUCCUUCCAAAUGACCAGACAUCCAUUCUUGAUGCAUUUCUAUCGCAUCCAACUCUUUGGUACUGGCCAUUAGAGCAUCAUGUCCUUUUUCUUGGAGAUAAAGCUGAUCGAUUUGAGGCAUUACCCUCCCCCAUACCAACUCCAUCUCCGUCCAUUGACUAUAUGUUGGAUUAUACGAGGCUGGUUGAUGAGUAUCAGCCGAAAAAUUGGUCGCAGCUGCCCACGAACCCCUACUACAUAACUGCUGAUGGAUUCUUUGAGUUGAACACGGAACCAAGAAGCAAAACUGGAUUUCGCGAUAUCGAGCUAAAUCAUGGCAAUUGCCGUGGUCGCAGUUCUUACAGACUUAAGUCCAUUAAUGCUUAUUACAGAUUAAAGGGUAGCGUUGAAAAGACAUGUCCCAGUAGUUUUUUGAUGUGUCAAAGUGGUUUCUCAAUCGGAGCGUGGAUAACCGUGCCUUCUACGCUCACCGCAAAAGAAAAGCCCAAGUCUCUUUUCGAAAUUGCUGGAAACAUUAAAGUUGCACUAUUUGGCGACUUUCUCCAUAUUUUUGUUUUCAAUGGGAAGGCUUGGAAGAUUACUAGAAUAAAUGAGGCAGUUGUUCGUGAUGAAGUCUUCAACGUGGGUUUUUCGAUUACUGGAGAUGCUAACAACUUGGCCGCAGGUUUUAUUAAUGGUCUUUCUGUGCAAACCAUGGCCUUUGCUUCACUAAAACCCCAGGAAAUGGAAACACAUGAAGAAAUACAUGUAGGCGACAUCAUUCUAGGCAGUCGAGAUGUCAGCUGUAGCGCUGAUGGUGUUUCCAUUGGCGACUUGGUCUACUGGAAUAGACUUACACUUUUACACGAAGGCCAUCGCUUCGUCGGAUACACAGAUAACUAUUGGUCAACAGACGCCUACAUUCUUCACGACGCGCUGUGUCGAAUAAGCUUUGAGAAAAAGCGACAGCAGAUCACGAAAUCCGACGAGGUUAUUCCGGGCUACAAACUUGCCUCCAUCUACAAACCCAUGGGGGUUCAACCGGUGCGCUACAUACUGGAUCAAGACAGAAAGGGCCCCGUUCCGAUUCUAUCAAUGCGCAAAAAUGAUUAUUUUAUGCUUGGCCGACGGAAACACAAGUUACCGAGUCAAGCUAAUCUGCAGUGGCUCGACCACUGUCUUCAUGAGCCUUCAAAUCAGUCCUGUGGAGUCCAAGGUGUCACACUUUCCAUCUGGUUCUCUCUACAGUCCGUCAGCAAGUCACGUAUCCGCCAUAUUUUCAACUCCGGUGAUGCCGGAAAUCGUGACAUUUCCACUGUCAUGGACGGUCAUGGGUGGGCCAUUUUCACACACGGAGCACUUCUUGGCGCAUCAGUUUCAACAAGCGCUGGCGACUGGACUCUUCUUCUUGAUUCAAAGACUUAUAAUCUUGAUCAGUGGUUGAAUCUUGGAGUCACAUGGAGCACCACUGUUGGACUAAAACUCUUUGUCAAUGGCAUUGAUUUGAAUAUGCCCUCCACGAAACCGAAGACAAGAUACAAGGAAUAUACGGCACCGCCAUACCUCCUUGUUGGUCGAUUUGAUACAGACGACUUAAACGCUUGGCUUACACCCGCUGAAGCGGAGACUGAUAGUAGUAAUCCUUCAGUAUCGGGGAUUCCAGUGUUCUGGGAAAUGGCGCAUUUCGCAUUCUCCGAGAUGACCCAUGUUAAAAAGUACAUGACUUCACAGGAAUAUGCACGCAAUUUUGGCUUUCUUGGCAAUGAGAUGAUUCAAAAGAACAGCAAGUGGCUCUGGUUCGGACCUGGACUGACAGACCCGAGUAUUCCUGAUCUUCUGUUGACUAGUCAGUUGGACAUACCUCGACAGUUUGGGCCAUAUGCAAUGCAUAACGCAAGCACAUUUUCUGUACAGUAUGAAGAGGACCGGAGAGCAGUUAUUUUGGGUCAGAUGACUCUACUGCGUUUGGGUCCACUUGAUCCAUUCAGGUGUCCCGGAAGUAUGUCUGAGUGCAGGGAUGGAUUCACGAUUGGUGGCUGGUACUCUCUUAUCUCCGAUAUUGAUGGAAUGGGUCAUACUAAUUUUACUUCCCCACUGAUAUUGCUAACGGGUAAUGGAGGAGAAAUGGGUAUUGCACUGACAGAUGGUGGAAACCAGAUUACUGGAUGGGUGAAUGAUGCUGCCUGUUCUGGCUCCUCAGAGGAUUUAACCAUCACUUCGCACCAUAAUCGGUGGUUCCACGUGGCCAUCUCCUGGUUCUAUAACGAAAUCCACCUUUUCCUAAACGGCAAUCACAUCUCCAACUGCAUGAAUAACUCGGAACUUAAACGCAUGGGGGAAGAUAUCUUUAACAGAACUGAAACAAAUCCUGCUUAUCUUGUUGUAAUAGGGCCCUCACAACAAGGCUUUGGUUACCGACUGGCUGUGAGUAUCAUAAACAUCUGGGAUACUUGUAUUGACUCCGAAUUAAACAUUGGUGCUUUUAUGGGUCUGUCAAGAACACAGAGGAACUACUUUGCAAGGGCGACUUUUUAUUGGCCAAUGUCUGGUCUAUUUGCAAACCUUGCGCCUAGUCGAAUAAUCACUUCAGGUGUUGAAAGAGCUAAGGACAAAAGAAAUGUCGAAGGAGGCGCAAUGUGCACAGGAGACACAGAAGGAUCAUACAUACUCCUUACUGGUGACUAUAGACCAGGGGGAAAUUAUUCAAACCUUUACUACUCCUGCCUUUACAAUAUUAAUCAAUGCCAUGGGCUUCUCCUUGUCGUCGAUUUUCGAUUGAAUGGUGAGUUGAAAAUGGAAAAUCGGGAGUCAAUUAUACUCAAAACGCCUACAGAAGGUGGCGCUGUGGGUAUCGAGAUCUCGGUCAAUCCAAUAAAGGAAACCUUAACGGUGACACAUCGCACACUAGAAUUAAAAUGCACCCUUUCUGCAAACCUAAGUUCUGUAACAAACGCAUUUGAUGGCUGGACUAAUCUUCAAGCCUUCGUCUCUGAGCACGAUAUUAGGCUGCGCAUAAAUGAAGAAAUUGUAUCCGUACAAAGUCACUCUUUAUGCAGCAGCGAAGAAUCAAAGUCACCCUCAUUUGAACUGGGAUCGUUUCCAAAAAUUCUAAUCGGUCCCGAAGUCAAUUUAUGUGUUUCUGAUGUGGUUAUCAUUGAAGAUGCCGUGCAAGUGGUACCAGAAGAUCCCGAUCUUAACGAUGCUUGCUACUCUGGGUCUGAUGUUAUCUUUCCCUUGGAAGGAGAACAGCCUGAUAGACUGGGGCGAGCAAAAAAAGCUACUGAUUUUAGCUCCUUUACUAUUCGAGUGAUGAAUAAAAAACUGCUCAACUGCCUCAGAAAAUUUAUGACCCUAUGUUCUGAAUUUACGUUAUCAUUUUGGAUGAAUAUCAGGAACGUUUAUGUGGAUGCCUCCUCUGUGAAGGAUUACAUGGUACUGUCGACUGGUCCGAACACCUACCAAGGCUUUUCCAUUUCCGUCCAGUAUAUACCAAAAUCAAGUGUUUACCAUCUGCUUGUGCGACUCGUCACUUCUGAUUCCAUCUAUCAGGUCUUUGCCACGGAGUUUGGAAAAAGCGAUGAAUGGCUCAAUGUUGGAGUUGUCGUAGGUGGAGCGAAAACCUCAGCAGGGGUCUACGUGGAGGUCUACAAAAACGGUCAUGCCCUGAUGACAACGAGUUCCCCGAUUUCGCGAGUUUCUUCUAAAUGCUACCGCAUUAAUCCUAGUUCUGGAUUAUACCUUGGCUCUGCCAUCACCACGAUGGCCAACAUGUCUGCCGUACCAAUCGCUUCUGGGACCAUUAGCAUGCUUGUCUUUUGGUUAAAACGGGUCGCUUCAUGUGGGACUCCACGUUCAAGCUACAUGACUCUCAUGGGGGAUUGCGUUUUUAAUGAGACCCUCCCAGAGACGACGACAUGUCAAGAAGCUUCAAAUUGUCAACUCUCUCAAAACGGCGUUUGUCUUGACACCAGUGUGGAAAAUAUAUACGCUAUGGCUAGAGGUGCUCGGCUAAUUUCUUCCCCAAAAGCCCUGUAUUCCCUUCUCAAAGUCAUAUUAGUGCUCCUUAAAAACGAUUCCAGAAAAUACGAUUCGGAUUAUGAAACAAGACUCCUGUGGUCAUCAGUUGUCCUAUACGAUCGGUUGAGCGUCGUCGAGGAAGCCACUGCAUUUGAAAUAGAGAGUCUUCGUUCUAAAACCGAUGAAAUUUUAGUCUUCCUCCUAGAGUAUUUGGAAGCAUUGUUUUCGACUCGUUUCGCCAAAACAUGGUUAAAACUUCGUGAAAGCUAUUCAUCAAAACCGCCUGAGAUUGUUGCUAUGCUGGCAGCUAUGUUGGAAGUUUUGCUGACUAAUGAACGACCAGUAAUUGAGACCAGUCUUGGAAGGAACUAUUUAGCCAGCUUCUCAGGACCCACUAAUCUAUCUCACUCAGACGGAGAGGAACCAUUUAAAGUAAUCAUCUCAUCUCUUGGCGGACAAACAAUAUCCAAGCCAUCAAACAGAACCUUUACUAUUUCUAUACUAAGUUCAUCUAUUCCUGAAGUAAUAAUGGAUGUGCUAUCAGUGCCUAAGGAGUUCGCGUGGACGGAAGAUGUUUCUUCUUUAAAAGAUGAUGUAAAUAAAUCGGAAGUUAUAUCAGCAUUAAUUAAUUCUCCCAUAAUGACAACUUCUCUGAUAUCAAAUACCAACGAUCAAGGCGGAUCAGGAAUAGUGUUUCUGUAUACUCUUGCUCUUAUUCAACCUAAUGAGUACUCUGAAAGAGCAAUAGCUCGGCGAACUGAUGCUCUGCAUUGGAAGGCACGCCUAGUAGAGAAGAAGGGACAUGGUGCAAUGGAAUAUGCUGUAAAGUGUGUAUUCUGGGACGAUACUGAUGUUGGUGCGAAGGGCUGGACGGCUAAUCACUGUGAUAUUGCGGAAGCUCAUUUACUUAGUGUGGUCUGCCGGUGUAAUAGGACUGGAUCCCUUGCCGUUGCUAUGAGGUACACUGAAAAUGACGAAUCCUUUUGGGAAAAAGCUGGAUCAAUCAGUUUGCAGUCCUAUCAAAUAGCUAAGUUGGUGAUCAACUUGGCUGGAAAUUCAUUGUCAAUUAUUGCUCUAACAGCACUCAUUGUCUACUUAUGCCGCAAAAAUACACUUCCAGAACUGCGAGAUCAUAACAAAAUUAAACUCAAUUUAAUCGCGGCUUUGGUUUGCUAUCACAUUUGCUAUAUGCUCUUUCCCCUAAUGGAAGAAACUGAAAUAGCCUGUCGAACCAUUGGAUCGCUAGAGCAUUUUUCCUCGAGCACUGUCCUUGCAUGGCAAUGCUGUAACAACUUUUACAUUUUUAAUGCCCUAAUCAAUGGAAAAUUAAAAGCGCGUUUUAAGUCGUUUGUCUUCAUCGGCUGGAUAGCAAAUGCAGUGAUCUUGAUCGUCACAGUCUGCGCUACUUCUGCAAGUGAAUAUGGGAUGGGACUUAUGUGUCUGCCUACGGGCAUUUCUGGUUACAUCGCUACCGCAGAAUCUACAAUUUUCUUAUUUGUAUCACUUGUCUCUUGCAUCAUUCUUCUAUGCAACAUCGAUGCACCUGCAUACCUAAGUCCACGGGUGAUCGAAGCUUUACGGAAUGAUGUGCGUACAGCCACAGUCGCCUCGGUCUACAGUAGCAUAAUCUACGGACUGGCGUUAGUAUUCAUUUACCUAAAUCCCCUUUAUGAGGGCUUCAUCUUCUGGGCAUUGAAUGCCUUAACCGGCUGUGUAGUAGCAACACUAUUAGGUCCACUGGACAAAAGCAACGUGGUGAAAAAAAGGAGGUCUAGUGGAGCUCUUGAUGCUUCUAAGAUCUUGGGAAGUUCUAUACGCACCUUCGGUAAUACAGAAGACCAUCCUACUCCGUUUGGAACACUUGACUUUGAGAGCAUCGAAUCUCCAUUGCUUUCUGAGGCUGAUGCAUAUCUAUGUGCUGACAUGGAAGAAAAGGAAGGUCCUAGUUGA